GGGGGACUGAUGCAGCAGGUACACAAUGUAUUGGCGUUAUUUGAAGUUGGGCUAAGGAAUAGUUAAGGCAUUGCUGCUUCCGUAUUCUUACAGGUUUUAACAUGGAGGAGAUUUUACGCAAAUACAUUCGGUAUGUGCUGAACGAAAAACCCUUUGACCCUGACCUGGUAGCAAAUUUAAUCCAGCUGAGGAAAGCAUCUAUGUUGAAUGAUUCUCAAGUGGCUGAAGUUUUGAACGAAAUCUCACGACGUAUUGUCAAAGAAAAAGGUCCAGUUGUCAUGGAUAUGUCAGGAUAUUCUGAAAAAGGUUUCAAGAAAAAACUUGCUGUGCAAACUCUUUUCGGAAAGGUUUAUUAUCUAGCUGAGCUGCCUGAGUUCUGUUCAAGGGAUAACUCCUUAAUUGUGAAAGAAAAAUUUGGGGUGGCAGAUGAAGAUGCUGAAAAGCUUAGGAUGCACACUAUUUCAGAAGCGGGGGAUAUGGGUUCACUAGAGAAGAUGGUUGAUGGUUCUGAAUUAAAAGAUUUGCAUGAUGGCGAAUCCAUUGCUCCAUGAUUCACAUAAAUUAAACCCAAGUGGAAGUGGUUUUGACAAAGCACUUACGUCCUAUACAUGUUCUUUGCAAUGUUUCUUUAGAUAGUGUAAAACUAAUUUUCCCGAGUAACAGUUGAAUUUUGGUUGCAAGACAAUCUUCAAUUUUGGCUUUAAGACUUUAUUUUGUAAAUUGAAUAUUCAGAGAGGAAGGAAGUGCCAUAGAUUUAGUUUACGAAUUAAUGUUGAAUUAAUUUGACAUUUUUGUUGCGAUUUCCCCCUUCUUGGAAUUGGGAGGAUGGACAUGCUUGUGAUUAGGGGUUGCUGAAUCUUCAUGCAUAUGGAAACCUUUGAUCAUCAAUCUUUGAAUUAAUU